AUGGUCCUCAAAUAUGGCUUCGGCGCGUCGACGCUGACGUUGGGUGUGAUCGGCUUGUAUAUGCUUUUUAAUGGCGAGGGGGAAGCCUUCAACGUCGGAGCAUUCCUCGAGAGCGUCUCACCUUAUGUAUGGGCGGAUCUAGGCAUCGGGAUGUGCAUUGGGCUAUCCGUCGUCGGAGCGGCAUGGGGCAUAUUCACAACCGGUGUAUCCAUCCUCGGCGGAGGUGUCAAGGCUCCACGGAUAAGAACGAAGAACUUGAUCUCCAUCAUCUUCUGCGAAGUCGUCGCCAUCUACGGCGUCAUCAUGGCUAUUGUCUUCUCCUCCAAGCUCAAGGCCAUUUCGGACAUUGAGGCUCUAUACUCGGGCGGCAACUUCUAUACCGGCUUUGCGUUGUUCUGGGGUGGCAUAACCGUCGGCAUGUGCAAUCUGAUAUGUGGUGUCUCAGUGGGCAUCAACGGAAGCAGCGCCGCGUUAGCAGAUGCUGCGGACCCAACUCUCUUCGUCAAAAUUCUAGUCAUCGAGAUCUUCAGCUCUGUCCUCGGACUCUUCGGACUAAUCGUUGGACUGCUGGUGGCAGGAAACGCACCGGACUUUGCCUACGCGAUUCUGAUAAUAUCGGAGACUGCAUCGCAAGAUCCAUCGACCGACAAAUGUACGCCCAUCUUAGAGCAGGUCUUUGAGACCCUAGGUAAAGAUCAAUGGGAGGUCUCGGUCAAGGAAAUCGUGCCAGACAGCGUUUUAGACAUCCAGCGCUUCAUUCAGCGAUGGACAGAUAAAGAAGACUAUGUCAAUCUCAUCAUCACUAGCGGUGGGACAGGCUUUGCUCUGAAGGAUCAUACGCCCGAGGCUGUGACACCUCUCAUACAUAGACAUGCAACAGGACUUGUACCUGUAGCUGGCGUUAGAAAUAAGACCUUGAUUCUCACACUUCCCGGAUCACCAAAGGGAGCAAAAGAAAACCUAGAAGCUGUGCUGAAGCUCCUACCUCAUGCUUGCAUUCAAGCCGCCGGUGCCGACUCUCGUUCUCUCCACGCGGGCGGAGUGAAAAAACUGGAAGCAGAUGCUGGGGUUCAUUCUGGUACAAAUCCGAUCAAACCGAAAGGACAUCACCACCACGGUCAUGACCACGGACAUUCCCAUGGCCACGGAGGACAUGCCAUUCCAAAAGCUCACACUGAUCCGGGCUCCCAGCCGCAGUCGAAUGAUCUAACUGAAGGACCCACGCGUAGAUAUAGAUCGUCUCCGUACCCCAUGCUAUCCGUAAAAGAUGCUCUAGAUUUGAUCUCGAAGCAUACACCCGAGCCAACAGUACAGAAGGUUCCAGUAGACAUGGCCCUAGGAGGAUCAGUGUUGGCUGAGGAUGUGAAAACUACUGAGUCUGUGCCCGCAUUUCGCGCGAGUAUUGUUGAUGGAUAUGCGAUUAAGUUUCCACAAUCUGGUAAAUUCGAAAAAGGCGUUUACCCCGUAGCCCUCAUUUCCCACGCCCAGGCCGGCGAAAUCGCUCCUUUAAAUGAAGGUUCAAUCGCCCGCAUCACUACCGGUGCGCCACUGCCCCCCGGCGCCGACGCUGUCGUCAUGGUAGAAGACACAGUCCUUAAAAGCAAGACCGAAGAUGGCAAGGAAGAGAAGGAGAUCGAGAUCUUAACCGACGAAAUCCAAUCUGGCGAGAACGUCCGCGAGGUCGGCAGUGACGUCAAAGCCGGCGAUACCAUCAUGAAGAAAGGCGAAGGCAUCACAGUCGUUGGCGGCGAGUUUGGACUUCUAGCUUCCGUAGGAACGACAGAGGUCUCGAUCUACAAGCGGCCGGUUGUGGGUGUCCUCAGCACUGGCGACGAGAUCAUCCCACACGAUCGUCCCGGCACGCUCAGGCUGGGAGAAGUCAGAGACACGAACAGGCCUACACUAAUUACCUCAGUGCGAAGUAGUGGAUUUGAAGCAGUCGACCUGGGCAUCGUGUCAGACAAACCGGGCGCCCUCGAAGAAACUCUCCGCGCCGCUCUCCGUAAAUGCGACGUCGUGAUCACCUCCGGUGGUGUCUCUAUGGGCGAGCUCGACCUCCUCAAGCCCACCAUCGAGCGCUCGCUCGGCGGCACCAUCCACUUUGGCCGCGUCAACAUGAAGCCCGGCAAACCGACCACUUUCGCUACCGUCCCGCUCAAAGAAUCCACAGGCGAGCGUGUUUCUAAAUCCAUCUUCGCGCUUCCUGGCAACCCGGCCUCCGCUGUCGUGUGCUUCCACCUCUUUGUACUGCCGGCACUGCACCAGGCUGCCGGCAUUAAACCCGUUGGACUCCCGCGCGUAAAGGUAGUGCUGGAGGGAGCGGUGAAGAUGGAUAAACAGAGGCCAGAGUAUCAUCGUGCGUUUGUGGUGGCGAAAGAAGAUGGAGCGCUGUAUGCAAGUAGUACGGGCGGGCAGAGGAGUUCGCGAAUCGGGAGUUUCAAGGGGGCAAAUGCGUUGUUGUGCUUGCCGGCGGGUAAUGGGGAGAUGAAGAAGGGGGAGAGGGUAGACGCUUUGCUGAUGGGGAAGCUGGGGGAGAUGGAGUAG